AUGUCUGGUCUCGUCAAGCUGCUCAACCGCGAGACUCGUCUCUCGUCGGAACUCACUGCGAGCGCAGCCAAGUGUCUCGCGAGUCUCGUGCGAGCCGUCGCUCCUUCUCAAACGACCGGCGACGACGAAGCAGCCCUCCCAAUAUCCGGCCUGAUGCAGCAGCUGCAGAGGCACUACCAGCUCUCCAUGAACUGCUCCAGCCUCUUGUCCUCCGCAAGCUUCCACCAACUGGCAACUUUUGCGCUCGACGCUUCCAGUAAUGCUGGCGGCACCUUAGACUGGCUGGAGCUUACAGCCAUGCUGACUCACAGAAUGAAGCACAAAGCUGGGUCUAUCGACGACGAUAAUCCCAUCUGUAAAGAUGUCCUGAAGGCGCCCAUGCAACCGGAAAACGUUACCAAUGUUGCAAGUGUUGAGCCUGAAGCGCAGCUUGUUACGAAGCAGCAACAUUAUCUUGAAGACGUUGCCGUAUCACAAACAAACUUGGAAGAAAACAAUGAUUCCGAGGUGGGAAAAAGCUCUCGGUCGCAGAGUGAGAGCGAGGAAGAGGGAGCUGCUGAUGGUCAAGAAUCAGCAUGUGAAGCGAAUAACCGGGAACUUGUUAGCCAAGAACUCGAAGAUAUCAAUAACAAGACGAAUGUUUUGGUACAAGAAGAUAAUAAUAAGACAAAUCCUUCGAUACAAGAAGAUAACAAUAAUAAGUUGAAUCCUUUGGUACAAGAAGAUAACAAUAACAAGACGAGUUCCUUGGUUAAAGAAUCUCUCAAAACUGAUGAGGUAUCAGCGCUAAGUCCCGCGCUGCUCGCCGACCUCUGCAUGCGGAACAAGAAGAUGCUGUGGCGGUGGCUGAUGUGGGUCGCUGCACAGCACUGCGUGGCGAACAAACUUAAAACUUCUUUAGGCAAGCCCGAGGCUCUCUUCCUCAUCUUGAAAGUGGCAACCCACAAGCGUCUUCAGCAGCUCAUGCGGACCUGCAGUUCCAAUCCUGAUUGGCGGGAUCGUCUCAGUGAGGAUGGUGCGUCUUUACCAUAUGCAACUCGCACGUUCUUCAGCAAUAACCGCGAGACAUGUCACGAGGGGCUGUCUCGAGUGCGUCUCGCUGCCUCGCAGGUCGCCUUGGGGGGCGGUAUGCCCUACGAGAGUCUACGCCACGCCUUAGCUCUUCUUGCCAACCUCGCCGUAGACGCGGACGCGACUGAAGUGACGCGCGUCGCGGUUGUCUGCGCGCGCGCCCUCAUCGCCGUGCGGUGCCCCGCUGCUGUGCUGGGCGUGCAGCGCUGGUGUCUGCAGCGCUACCCUCACCUCGUCCUGACAUGGCUCUAUGCUGCUGCCUGUGCUGCUGACGACAGACACGAGGCGGCACUAGUGGCCCUUCACCAGUACCUCAUGGGGCUCCCUGUUCACUGCCCCGCGUUGGGCCCCCACGACACAACCGCUGCGGGGCCCCCGCCCGCCACCUUCGCCUACUGCUGGGCCAACUACGAUCUCCUGAGCUCGCCUGUGUUCGCGAGUCUCGACAUCAGCCUUAAGGAGUUCAUCUUUGAGCAGAUUGGCGAGUGCUACAGUCGCUUCACUGCGUACGACUUACUGGAGUCGUGGUCACGGCAGAGCAGCAAAGUCUCAGCAGACUUGACCAGCAGCUACACUGACUCUCCCAUCAAUACUUAUGCUAGGGCAAUGAGCGAGUUUGACCGCGGUGAGCUCCUGCAGCCGUCGAGUUCUUCCGCAUUCUGGUCGCCCCUGUGGGGCUCAGCAGACCCUUUACAGGGGUCUGCUGCCCUCUUACAGGGGUCUGCAGCCCCCUUACAGGAGGGCACGACCCUCCUGCAAGGGAGUGCGUGGCCCAUAUCAAAGCAGGUCGCUGACCUGGAGCUGGGAGUCCUGCAGUGCGCUGUUAAACUCAUCCACAGCAACCAAGUUGGCAUGCGCUGUAAAGAGCUUCCUGAUAUUGAUCAUAUUACAGCUGUAAAGAGCUUGAUGUCAGUGCGUGGGUGCCACGAGGGCUCCCCCAUGGGCGCCACCUACUACGAACAGCUGCCCAGCGCGGGGUGCCUGCCUUUCCUGCCCUGCGAUCUUCUGCCCACUUGCCUACGUCACGCCAGGCUCGUCGCGCAGUUCAACGCCAACAUGGCUGACUCGUCCAAUAUUGUGACGGGACUUGAGAUGGCGACUCUGAAGCAGGCGCGCAAGCAGCGCAAUUAUGGGAUGAGUUUGAGCGCCUUACUGCGUUUGCUGCGCCCACAUCAGGAGACUGGGAUGUGCCAGCAAUACUCGCACGACGUCCUCAGCUCCUGUCUGGAGGAGGCCGCAGCCGUAGCCAUAAGCGCGCAUUAUUAUCCCAACCAUGUGCUUCUUCUGCUGAAAGAGGGAGCCAAGCUUAUGCAUCAAGCCGGGGACGCCCUACAGCUCGUAGGGACUGACUACAUCGAAGCAAGUUGCGGCACGAUCACUACAGUCAUCGAUGCUUGUUCUAAACAGGUUUUCUUCAACUGUGAUACCGAGUCUGAUCUGUCGCUGAACCUGGCGCGUUCCAUGCUCACACUCUCCAAGUGGGUCGAAAAAGACAUUCCUUUCUAUGAAAACGUUGUUGUAGAACGAUCUUGGGCCACCGCUCUUCAACAAGUUUGUUCUCGAGGCGAGCUGGGCUUGUCAGCUCCCAUGUCAGGAGUUGCUGCAGCGGCGGCGCGGUGUGGUGCCGCUCCUCGAGACCAGCUGAUCGUGCGCUGCCUCUCACUGGCCUCCGUAUACCAGCCUAGCCUGGCCACUGCCUGGUACAGACUUGCCAACUGGUGCUUCAAAUUUGGAAGCAUUGCUGUAGACAGCGUUCUUGGCUCAACGGUUCCCAUGUUGAACACAGAAGAUAUCCUGCAAGUUGAGUUGCUGUUAACAUCUCGCUUUAAUGACCUCAACACGACGUCAUUGAAUGCUUUGGUGGGGCGUGUGUGCGGUGCAAUCUCAUGGCUACCACAACGAGAUUGUUUAAAGGCGUACCUUGAAACCCAUGAACUCUCCGACCUUCGACUUGAAGAAACUAAAGAGUCCGAACAACACUUGGAUGGGCUCGUGCUGCGUGCUUUGGGAGAAGCAAAAUUGAACAGCAACGAAGAGCGCGAAGCAUUGCUGUCAGAGUUGCAAAGCGUGCGUCGCGCUGCGUUGCUGCGCCACUACGAACUGCUCAUCGUCGCUGCUCAUUCGUACUUCCAGCUCUUUGCCAACGGCUCAUUGCUCUUUGGUAUUUUCAUCUAUUUAUUUAGUGUUGUAUUGAAACCAACUUCUUGUUCAACAUACCUCCGGUAUAUCUGCCCCACCGCCCCCUGGACGCCUGUCAUACCUCAGUUGUUCGCUCGUCUGAACCACAGUGAAGGCUGGGUGCGGGACGGCAUCACUUCAGUGUUGUGUCGCCUGGCCGUACAUCAGCCUCACCACAUCGUCGUGCCCGCUGUUGUGGGUGCCAACACCCACACCUCCACCACCAACAUGACUGACAUGCUGGCCAAUUUACUGCAAGACGGUGCAGACAAAGAAGAAGGUGACGAUGCACGAGCGCAAGGUCUCGUCGCUGCGGACGACGUAGGUGCGCUGGACGUGGAGGGCGACGAGGACGAGGAGCGGGACGUGGACUUGGAUGGAUGUGAGGAGAACAGGCAGCUCAUGCUCAGCUCCUGCCGCUGUCUUGUCAAUGAGCUCAAUAAAAUGGGCGUUCCUGGCGUGGCCGGUGCAGAAGUGCUGGUGCGGGAGCUACGUCGCAUCACGGUGCUUUGGGACGAGCUCUGGCUCGGCACGCUGUCCCAGCAUCAGGCUGACAUUAGCAGGAAGUUUGUUCAACUCAAGGGGGAAACAGACAAACUUGAUGCCAACGAGACCCUUUCGGAUGACGAGAAACAGAUCUUGAUACGGACCAAGUUUCAAGUUAUAUUCAAACCUGUGCUGCUGCUGCUGGAGCAGCUGUGGCAGUUCACAGGAGGCGUGCCAGAGACGCCCCACGAGCGUAGUGACUGUCUAGGUGACAAGUUGCCAGCGCUUCUGGAGCGCAAGAGCAGCCGCAGUAACGCCACCCUGCGCCUGCAGGACAUCGCGCCCUCCCUCGCCCGCCUCCGCCACACGGACGUCGCCAUGCCGGGCAUCAUGGCUGCUAAUAAGCAGGUUGUGCACCUGCGCUGCAUGGACGAUGACGUCACGAUACUGCUUAGUAAAACCAAGCCUAAAAAAUUGUGCUUCCGCGGAGACGACGGCAAAGCAUACCGGUACCUUUUCAAGGGCCUUGAGGACCUGCAUUUGGACGAGCGUAUCAUGCAGUUCCUGAAGAUGGUGAACACCUUACUGGGCGUCCAUGACAGAAACGGAAUGUACAGAGCUCAGCAUUACUCAGUGGUGCCGCUGGGUCAGCGGUCAGGACUCAUCCAGUGGGUGGAGAACGCAGCGCCGCUGUACGCGCUCUACGGACGACAUCAGCAGCGACAGGCGCUGGCGGUCGCCCACCGCACUGGCGCGCCCCUACAGCCUGUGCGGCGGCCAUCUGAGCUCUACUAUCAGAAGCUAACACCUCGCCUCAAGGCUGCCGGUGUGAGCCUCAGCUCCAGGAAGCUUUGGCCCAAGCACAUCCUGAAGGAAGUUAUGCUGGAGCUCAUCAGUGAAACGCCGUCUGAUCUUUUGUCUCGGGAAUUGACAGCUUCUAGCCCCACAAGCGAGGACUGGUGGCAGGUGACUCAUCGUCACGGGGCCUCCUCUGCGGUGAUGUGCAUGGUGGGCCUCGUCCUGGGUCUGGGCGACCGACAUCUCGAUAACCUGCUCAUCAACUUCAAAACUGGGGAGGUUGUGCACAUCGACUACAACGUGUGCUUUGAGAAGGGCAAGCUGCUGCGUGUGCCCGAGCACGUGCCUUACCGCAUGACGCAGAACCUGGAGGCUGCGCUCGGAGCUACGGGUGUCGAGGGCGUGUUCCGCCACGCAUGCGAGCGCGUGCUAGCCACCAUGCGGGAGGGUCGGGACUCGCUGCUCGCGCUGCUCGAGACUUUCAUCUACGAUCCUCUUGUCGACUGGACCCACGAUGCUGAUGCCGGUUAUGCUGGAGCGAUGUACGGAGGUAACGCGGCCCUGGCGAGCUCGGUGCGGCAGCGGCGACGUCAGAUGGAGCGCUCUCUCACCCUCACCAUGUUCAGGGUUCGCUCCAAGGAGAUCGCUGCUCCAUGGCUCGCUAACAGGGAUGCUGUGGUUGUUCAAUUAACAGAAAUUUGCGACAGCCUGCGGUCCCUUCUGCUGCUGAAGAGCCAACAGGCACCUGCUACGACAGCCACUGGUUGCGACACUGAAGCUGCGACUGAUCUGCUAGAGGCGACGGCUGAAGAAACGUUCAUUAUGAUAGAAGUCGGAGAUAAAGUUCAGCGUCUGAAGCAGUUGUUCGCUGCGCACCACAAAAUAAUUUCUGAUGUUAAAGAUCUUCUCAGGUCUCUUAUGAAGUUGAAAGACAGCACUGGCGAGAGUGUGUGCGACUUCAUUACUCGGUAUCGUGCAUACGCCGAAAACGUGACAGGGUUCAUCAAAACUAUAAUUUCCGGAGACUUUCGUGCUCAGGUCGCGCAGCUCACCAAACUCGGUGAAGACUUCGUGGCCGUCACAGGAACUUUCUACACAGAGCUACUAUCCUUGUGUGAUGAUGCGAGCGAACGUCGGUCUCAAGACAUUGCUUCAAAUUCAGCGAAACCUAAAAGCGUGGAUACGUCUAUGUCUUGCAGUGCCGUUUUGCCAGCUCAAUUCGCAGCUUUCACAGACUCACCGGAACAAUCUACAGACCAGUCACAGAUAGACUCAAGAGAAAAAGAAAAGGGGUUAAACAUUGUAUCCAACACAGGUGCGGGAGUUCAAAACAACCCUUAUGCGGUUGCGGUGUGGCGACGUAUGAAGUGCAAGCUCGAAGGACGCACGGCAGGUCAAGAUGACACGUGUCCAGCUCUUUCUGUCGCCCAGCAGGUUGAUGAAAGCAUCGCAGCAGCGAAAAGUCUCGACAACCUCGCAGUAAUGUAUGAAGGUUGGACGCCGUGGGUGUGACGGACCGACCACCAUCGCUCGACUAACGAAAUGGAGGAUACAGCCAGAAAAAAUUGUUGAAUUACUUUGUCGUAAUAGUAGUACAUUCAGCUCGUAACCCUAAUGCGCCUGUUUCCUGGUGAAAAGUGAGCUCCACACCAAGGCAAGAAUUGAAUCACUAGUUGGGCAAAGUAGAUUUUGUAUAAAUUAAUACGAAAACCAAAGAAUGGUAAAAGAUUACAAUAGCUACAACUUACAUAUACAGACCCUUUUGAGGCUAGAAGAAUUUGUAAGGAUCAAUGUACACAAUAUUUGAUUAUCACUUGAAAAAUGUU